GGGCGGACCAAGGCAGGCACCGUCCCACACUCCAGCUCCCAGGACUCCGACCCGGAACUAGCCCUGACUCCCUUGGGAAGGCUGCAGCGCCUGGCCACGAGUGGGAACUUUCUGGACAGUAACUGUGAGGCACCGGGACCAGGUGGCAGACAGGGACACCUGUCUAGGGGCCCCAGAGUAGGUACUCCCUGGGAAGGAGGUGUUGCGUUGCGUUGAAAAGCACAGCCACGGCUGUCUGAAGCAUGGCGCCCCCGCGGAACGUGGUGAAGAUUGCCGUCCAGAUGCGUGAUGCCAUCCCGCAGCUCAUCCAGCUGGACCAGGCAAAGCCCCUGGCUGCUGUGUUGAAGGAGGUGUGCGAUGCGUGGAGCCUGACUCACUCCCAUCGCUACGCCCUGCAGUUUGCUGACGGGCACAGGAGAUACAUUACCGAAAAUAACCGCGGAGAGAUCAAGAAUGGCAGCAUCCUGUGCCUCAGCACUGCCCCAGACCUUGAAGCCGAGCAGUUGUUGAGUGGGCUGCAGAGUACAAGUUGUGAAGUUCGCCGAGAAGCCCUGAGGCACCUCGUCCUGUUGGCCUCAGAUAUGACUUUUGCCCAGGAGGUCAUCAGCCGUGAUGGUCUUCAGAGACUGGGCACAAUCAUUGAGGAUGGGGAUGACCUAGGGGAGGUGCUGGCCCUUGGGCUGAGGGCCUUCUUGGAGCUCAUGGAGCAUGGUGUAGUAUCCUGGGAGACACUCAGCAUCCCCUUUGUCAGAAAGGUGGUGUGCUAUGUGAACAUGAACCUGAUGGAUGCCUCUGUGCAGCCCCUGGCCCUCCGGCUGCUGGAGAGUGUGACUUUGAGCAGCCCUGCCCUAGGCCAACUGAUCAAGAGUGAAGUGCCACUGGAUAGGCUGCUGGUGCAUCUGCAGGUAAUGAAUCAACAGCUGCAAACCAAGGCCAUGGCAUUAUUGACAGCUUUGCUGCAGGGGGCCAACCAUGCAGAACGUAAGCACAUGCUAGACUACCUCUGGCAAAGGAACUUUCGUCAGUUCAUCUACAAGAACAUCAUCCAUAGUGCAGCACCACUGGGUGAUGAGAUGGCCCAUCACCUGUAUGUGCUGCAGGCCCUUACACUGGGGCUUUUGGAGCCACGCAUGCGGACACCAGUUGACCCCUAUAGCCAGUUUGUGUUGGAGAACAGCAGCCGAGAAGACAAGCAUGAGUGCCCCUUUGCCCGGAGCAGCAUCCAGCUGACUUUGCUCCUGUGCGAGUUGCUCCACGUUGGGGAGCCUUGCUCUGAGACAGCCCAAGACUUCUCACCCAUGUUCUUCGGCCAAGACCAGAGUUUCCAUGAGCUCUUCUGUGUGGCCAUCCAGCUGUUGAAUAAGACAUGGAAGGAGAUGCGAGCCACACAGGAGGAUUUUGACAAGGUCAUGCAGGUGGUACGGGAGCAACUGGCCCGAACACUGGCCCUGAAGCCCACCUCCUUGGAGCUCUUCCGGACCAAGGUUAAUGCACUCACCUAUGGGGAGGUGCUGCGGCUGCGGCAGACAGAACGGUUGCACCAGGAGGGCACACUGGCUCCUCCCAUACUGGAGCUGCGGGAGAAGCUGAAGCCAGAGCUCCUGGGACUAAUCCGCCAACAGCGUUUGCUCCGCCUCUGUGAAGGGACACUUUUCCACAAGAUCAGCAGCCGGAGACGCCAGGACAAGCUAUGGUUCUGCUGCCUGUCCCCCAACCACAAGGUGCUUCAGUAUGGUGAUGUAGAAGAAAGCACUGGCGUACCCACCCCAGAGAGCCUGCCUGAGCAGCUCCCUGUGGCCGACAUCAGGGCACUCCUGACAGGGAAGGACUGCCCACAUGUCCGGGAAAAGGGCUCUGGGAAGCAGAACAAGGACCUCUAUGAGUUGGCUUUCUCCAUCAGCUAUGACCGUGGUGAAGAAGAGGCAUACCUCAACUUCAUUGCCCCCUCCAAACGGGAUUUCUACUUAUGGACAGAUGGGCUGAGUGCCCUGCUAGGCAGUCCUAUGGGCAGCGAGCAGACCCGGCUGGAUCUAGAGCAGCUGUUGACCAUGGAGACCAAACUGCGGCUGUUGGAGCUGGAGAAUGUGCCCAUCCCUGACCAGCCACCACCUGUGCCCCCGCCCCCCACCAACUUCAACUUCUGCUAUGAUUGCACUAUUGCAGAACCUUGACUGUGAGUUUGGCCAAGGCUACCGCUGCUGCUAUAGCAACUGCAAAGGGUGGAAGGUAGAGAAGUACAGGCACCCUGAUCAGCAAAGACUGCAGCAGUAAUAAAGUCUGCUUGGUUCUUCAGAUACUGUGUCAAGCCAGCUCUGAACCUUGUGGGCCAAUCCCGUGACAGAUGGGGACAGGCAUCCCUUUCUGUCUUCAGACUUAGCUAGUGAAUAAGAUAUCAGUGGGUCCACAAACUUGGUAGCUACUUUGGGGCACUGGUGUUCUGAGGAAAGUAGGGCCAGGCUGAGACUGUUGACCUUCUCUGAGAUGAGUCAUCAGCCUCUUUCAGCGCUGGUCCUAGAGAGGGAGAGAUGAACUAUGGUCUCUGGGCAUCAGAUUGGGGAGAAGUAGCAGGGUAGGAGGCAAUGCCCACAUCGAUGCCUUCCUGGUUAUCCCCCAUAGUCUGGAAGCCAUGCCUUCAGAAGGCUCCUGACAGUGUGACUUUAGUCCUUAAUCUUUCUUGGCAGUGUUCUGUGUCCUCUGUGGGACU